UGGGCGCGGUGCCCGCAGCCCGCGGCCCUGGCGGCGGCCGCGGCCGUGGCCGUCUGCGCCUUCUACUACCUGGGCGGCGGCGGCGAGACCUUCUCCAGCGCCACCCGCCGCCUGCGGGCCACGCCGUCCGCGCCCGCCCGCGCCGGGGCCCGCGGGCUGCACCUCCUGCUCAUGUUCACCAAGGCGGAGCGCGGCCCCGCGCUCCGGGACAAGGCGCAGGCGGCGCUGCGAUCGCUGCUGCGGCACGGCCGGCUGGGCCCCGCCGACACGCUGCACCUCCACCUCGUCACCGACGGCGCCAGCCGGGACAUCGGCCUGGGGCUGCUGCGGGACCUGCUGCGCGGAGCCGCCUUCCGCCACCAGGUAAUAGUCCAUGAUGUGAAUGAGCUGACAGAAAAGCUGUUUCCCAUCGUUGAAGCCAUGCAGAAACACUUCAGCGCUGGAUCAGGGACCUACUACAGCGACUCCAUCUUCUUCUUGUCGGUUGCAAUGCAUCGCAUCAUGCCCAAAGAAAUAACACAGAUCAUCCAGGUAGACUUGGACCUGAAGUACAAGACCAACAUCCGAGACCUGUUUGAUGAGUUUGACAAUUUCCCAGAGGGAGCAGUGAUUGGAAUUGCCAGGGAAAUGCAACCAGUGUACAGGCACACCUUCUGGCAGUAUCGCCGCGAGAACCCCCAAACCAAAGUGGGGGAGCCCCCUCCUGAUGGGCUGCCAGGCUUCAACAGUGGUGUCCUGCUCCUGAACCUGGAAGCCAUGAGGCAGUCCAAGCUCUACAACCAGCUGCUGGAGCCCACCAUGGUGCAGAAGCUGACGGAGAAGUACCACUUCAAGGGCCACCUUGGGGACCAGGAUUUCUUCACUAUGGUGGGGAUGGAGCACCCAGAGCUUUUCCAUGUGCUUGACUGCACGUGGAACAGGCAGCUUUGCACGUGGUGGAGGGACCAUGGAUACAGCGACGUGUUUGACCAGUACUUCCAGUGCGAGGGUGAGGUCAAAAUUUACCAUGGGAACUGCAACACCCCUAUCCCUGAAGACUAGAACACCCACCCACCACCUCUGAGAGCAGCUCUGACUGCAAAAGCCUUAGUGGCUGCACCAGCAGUCCCUCGGGAAGGGUGGCCAGCUCUGAUCUGUUGCAUCCCAGGUGAAUCUCUGGGGAUCCCAAGAGCUUUCAGUAUCCCACAGCCUGUAAUUCAUCCCUUCAGGAGGAAGGGCAGUGCAGUUGCUGGAGCAGGAUAUCCACAGUCACUCUGUCCAGACUAGCUCCUGGCUCUGCUUGGGGUGAGUCCAUGGUGCCUGUCUGUGCCACAGCUGCUGGGACAUGGGGACAGCCAAGGGGCCAUCAGAGCCUGUUGCCUUUGCCCAUGGCAGGGUGCAGCUCCCUGGGUGCUGUGCAGCCUUACCUUGGAUGGUCAGCAGGAGCCCACAGCAGGCACUUGGAUGUUGUUUGUCGUUCCUCAGUGGCCCAUUUCUGCACCUCAUGCAGAGCACUGGUCUGGUCCCUCCAGAGAGCAGACACCAUCCUCAGGUCAUCUUCCUUUCUAAGCAUUCCAGAAAGGCAAGAAGGCUUUAAAGACUGAAAAACUGCUUUAAAUUGGGUUACUUACAAACAGAAAUUGAAUGCUAGAUGAGCUUUAAAGCCGUCCAUUGGUUCUUCUUAGCAAUAAAAGCUUUACUGCGUUGUCCUAGAAGCGUUCAGUGAGCGUGUACCAAUAGAUUCAUUUUUCUAGCUUUGCCUCUAACCUUUUGUACAGAAAUAAAGCUGCAGAUGUCAGA